AAGCCGGGAAGACGGGGGGUUAAAACUAAUUGAUACUUGCUGAGAGGACCAUACUCUUCAAGGAUUAAUCAUGAAAUUCUCCUCUCAACAUGUUCUCCGCCCCCUUCGUCACACCCGAACCUUCCAUUCUACACCUAUGAUUUCCUCUCAUAUUGGUCUUAAACCAAUUCCUAUCCCUCCAUCAGUCAUCUUAUCACUACCACCAUCAUCCAUAUCCCCAACAUUACCUAUGACCUCUCCACUCGCUCAAAGAUACAUAACCGUCACUGGACCCUUGGGUGAACAGGUCGUACCUAUAUUACCACCAAUUAUAUUAUCUCCUCUUUCCCAGACUUCUUUUUCCUCAUCUUCUUCUCCUACUCCCUCUUCAAAUUCGACAUCUUCAACGGACGACGCGACUCAACAGAAAGAAUCAAAUGAACAACCCACCCCAACAUUAUCACUCACAAUUCAUAAUCGUGAUUCCAAACAACAUCGUUCUCUCUGGGGUCUUACUCGUUCUCUCAUCCAUAACGCUGUUCAAGGAGUGACAACAGGAUAUACCCUAGAAUUACGUUUAGUAGGUGUAGGAUAUAGAGCUAGUGUUGAACCUAUCCCUCCUGUUUUCUUGGCAUUACAAGCUCAAGUACCUAGAAUAGCAAGACCUAAUAAACCUGGUUCACCACCUUAUGUCCUUCCUCCUUUACCGGAAAAUAGAUUGAAUAUAAAAUUGGGUUAUGCUCAUCCUGUUUUGAUUGAUAUUCCAAGAGAUAUAGAGGUGGAGACACCUCAACCGACUAAGAUCAUCUUGAGAGGUACGGAUAAACAGAAAUUAGGUAGGUUCGCAGCGAAGAUUAGAAGAUGGAGAAAACCAGAACCUUAUAGAGGAAAGGGUAUAUUCGUUGGAGACGAAACGAUCAAGCUUAAAGAGAUCAAGAAGAAAUGAACUUGCAUGCAUGUGUCAUCUACCCC